CAGCACCCAGCACCCCUUCACCUCUACAACCCACCAUGAAGAAGGUUCCCCAGCUGGGGACAGGGUCCCCCUGACUGCCACCAACACCUGGGGCACCCAUUCCCUUCCCACUUCCCCUGAGCUGUCCCAUGGCCGUCCUCGCACGGGCAGGAUCCGGAUCCAGCGGCUCCAGCACUGCCCAGCCCCACGUGGAGUCAGGAAUGGGAAGGGCCCUCUCUUGGGGACAGGGGGACUGUACUCAAAGCCAGUUCCCGCACUCACACGCCAUCCCCGGGCUGAUUUCCCAACAGCCCUGGGGCUUGGGGACGAAGGUCAGUGUCACCACGAAAGUCACUGUCACUCUUGGGUGUCCUCGGAGCAGCCUCUGAGCAGCUCCAGGUGGCUCCAAGGUCCUCUCUUCUUACGGUGGUGACAGUGGCUGGGUUCGACGACGCCAUGGGGCUGCUGUGGCUUUGCCUCCUCAUCCUCGCUGCGCUCUUUGGUCCCACGGCCCCACAAGACCUGGGCAGCUCCGUGUUCGUGUUCCCCCAAGAGUCCCAAAGCGCCCACGUGCAGGUGACGGCGGAGCUGGAGCAGCCCCUGAACAACUUCACCGUGUGCCUGAGGUCCUACACCGACCUCACACGGCCCUACAGCCUCUUCUCCUACGCCACCAAAGAACAGAGCAACGAGAUCCUCCUCUUCAAGCCCAAACCUGGCCAAUAUGAGCUCUACGUGGGGAACAAGUUCUUGUCCUUCACGGUGCCUGAAAUUCUUGGGAGGAGCGAGCACGUCUGCGUCAGCUGGGAAUCCUCCACGGGCAUUGUGGGAUUCUGGUUCAACGGGAAGCCCUGGCCGAGGAAGGGGCUGCAGAAGGGAUACACGGUGGGAGUGCCAGCGUCCAUCCUGCUGGGGCAGGACCAGGAUAGCUUCGGAGGUGGUUUCGAUGCCAAGCAGUCCUUUGUGGGGGAGAUUUCGUCCGUGUACAUGUGGGACACAGGAAUCUCCGACUUGGGGGUGUUGUUGGCCAUAGAUGACACACCUAGCCAAACUCCCAUUUUUGGCUGGAGGAAUUUCCCCUACAAGAUUGUGGACGAGGUGUACCUGAAGCCCUGAGGCUGUGGGGGGUGUCCCCGAUCCCUGCUGUGUAACCCCCUCCCCCAAAGCCACCCAACAUCGCAUAAAUGGAGAAAUAGG